AACCCUCGUGAGGCCAUCAGCAGCUGUUCUUCUGGGCAGAGGAGAGAAGUAAAGAAUCAUCAUGAGUGGGGACGCAGAAAUGGAGUGUUUUGGCCCGGCGGCCGUUUACCUCCGGAAGCCGGAAAGGGAGAGGAUCGAAGCUCAGAACACCCCCUUUGAUGCUAAAACAGCAUAUUUUGUGACUGAGCCCAGUGAGAUGUACUUAAAGGGGAAACUUAUAAAAAAAGAAGGCGCCAAAGCCACCGUGGAGACACUGUGUGGAAAGACUCUCACUGUGAAAGAAGAUGAAAUCUUCCCCAUGAACCCUCCAAAGUUCGAUAAGAUUGAGGACAUGGCUAUGAUGACCCACCUCAAUGAGCCCGCUGUGCUGUACAACCUCAAAGAGCGUUAUGCAGCAUGGAUGAUCUACACCUACUCUGGGUUGUUCUGCGUCACUGUGAACCCCUACAAGUGGCUGCCAGUGUACGACACAGUGGUGGUUGCAGGAUACAGGGGGAAGAAAAGGAUCGAGGCUCCGCCACACAUCUUCUCCAUCUCUGAUAAUGCUUAUCAGUUCAUGCUUCAAGAUAGAGAGAACCAGUCCAUCCUGAUUACCGGAGAAUCUGGCGCUGGAAAGACUGUCAACACCAAGCGUGUCAUCCAGUACUUUGCGACAAUCGCAGUGGCUUCUGGGAAGAAAACCGAACAGGUUCCAGGCAAAAUGCAGGGAUCACUGGAAGAUCAGAUCAUUGCAGCAAACCCGCUGCUGGAAGCUUACGGGAACGCCAAGACCGUGAGGAAUGACAACUCUUCACGUUUCGGAAAGUUCAUCAGAAUUCACUUUGGAUCGACUGGAAAGCUGGCUUCAGCUGAUAUUGAAACAUAUCUGCUGGAGAAGUCUCGAGUGACGUUCCAGCUGUCCGCUGAGAGGAGCUACCACAUCUUCUAUCAGCUCACUACAGGACACAAACCUGAGCUGAUAGAGGCCCUUCUCAUCACCACCAACCCUUAUGACUAUCCCAUGAUCAGUCAGGGUGAAAUCACAGUCAAAAGUAUUAAUGACAUUGAAGAAUUCAUUGCCACUGAUGUAAGAAAUGCUCAAAUAUACCCCCGAAUAUGUAAAAACAAAUUAUUUUUCUCUAGAAUGGUUUUGAUAAUUUCCAUUUUCUCUAACAACUUACAGACUGCUAUCGACAUCCUGGGUUUUACUGCAGAAGAGAAGGUUAGCAUGUACAAGCUAACAGGAGCCGUGAUGCAUCAUGGGAACAUGAAGUUCAAGCAGAAGCAGCGUGAAGAGCAGGCUGAGCCUGACGGCACUGAGGUUGCUGAUAAAAUCUCUUAUCUGAUGGGCUUAAACUCAGCUGACCUGCUGAAGGCGCUGUGCUAUCCCAGAGUGAAAGUGGGAAAUGAGUUUGUCACUAAGGGCCAGACUGUCCCACAGGUCAACAAUGCUGUCUCAGCUCUUUGCAAGUCCGUUUAUGAGAAAAUGUUCUUGUGGAUGGUCGUCAGAAUCAAUGAGAUGCUGGAUACCAAGCAGCCAAGAAGCUUCUUCAUUGGUGUCUUGGACAUUGCUGGGUUUGAAAUUUUCGACUACAACAGCCUGGAACAGCUGUGCAUCAACUUUACCAAUGAAAAGCUGCAGCAGUUCUUCAACCACCACAUGUUCGUCCUGGAGCAAGAAGAGUACAAGAAGGAGGGAAUCGAGUGGGAGUUCAUCGACUUCGGCAUGGACUUGGCUGCCUGCAUUGAGCUUAUUGAGAAGCCAAUGGGCAUCUUCUCCAUCCUUGAAGAGGAGUGCAUGUUCCCAAAGGCUACAGACAUGACCUUCAAGAGCAAACUGUAUGACCAGCAUCUGGGAAAGAGCGCCCCCUUCCAGAAGCCAAAACCUGCCAAAGGCAAAGCUGAGGCUCAUUUCUCUCUGAUGCACUAUGCUGGUACUGUGGACUACAAUGUCACAGGUUGGCUGGAAAAGAACAAGGACCCUCUGAAUGACUCAGUGGUGCAGCUCUACCAGAAGUCUUCAGUCAAGCUGUUGGCCUUCCUGUAUGUUUCUCAUGCUGGAUCAGAAGCUGAGGGAGGUGGAAAGAAAGCUGGCAAGAAGAAGGGUGGAUCAUUCCAGACUGUAUCUGCUCUGUUCAGGGAGAAUCUUGGCAAGCUGAUGACCAACCUGAGGAGCACUCAUCCUCAUUUUGUGCGCUGCUUGAUUCCAAACGAGUCAAAGACUCCUGGUCUGAUGGAGAACCACCUGGUCAUCCACCAGCUGAGGUGUAACGGUGUGCUGGAGGGGAUCAGGAUCUGCAGGAAAGGUUUCCCCAGCAGAAUUCUCUACGGUGACUUCAAGCAGAGGUACAAAGUACUGAACGCCAGCGUCAUCCCUGAGGGUCAGUUCAUCGACAACAAGAAGGCCUCAGAGAAACUACUGGGCUCUAUCGAUGUGGACCACACUCAGUACAAAUUUGGACACACUAAGGUGUUCUUUAAAGCCGGCCUGCUGGGAGUUCUGGAGGAGAUGAGAGAUGAUAAAUUGGCUGAGCUGGUCACAAUGACUCAGGCUCUUUGCAGAGGAUUCCUCAUGAGGCGCGAGUUUGUCAAAAUGAUGGAGAGACGAGAUGCCAUUUUCACCAUCCAGUACAACAUCCGAGCAUUCAUGAACGUCAAAACUUGGCCAUGGAUGAAGCUGUACUUCAAGAUCAAACCACUGCUGAAGAGCGCAGAGACGGAGAAGGAGAUGGCCCAAAUGAAGGAGGACUUUGCAAAGACCAAAGAGGACCUGGCAAAGGCUCUGGCCAAGAAGAAAGAACUGGAGGAGAAAAUGGUUUCCCUCCUUCAGGAGAAGAAUGACUUGUUAUUGCAAGUGCAGUCUGAAGGUGAAAACCUGGCCGAUGCAGAGGAAAGAUGUGAAGGGCUCAUUAAAGCUAAAAUCCAGCUUGAGGCCAAGGUCAAAGAGACGGCUGAGAGACUGGAGGAUGAGGAGGAGAUCAACGCUGAGCUGACAGCAAAGAAGAGGAAACUUGAGGACGAGUGUUCUGAGUUAAAGAAGGACAUAGAUGACUUGGAGCUCACUCUGGCCAAAGUGGAAAAGGAGAAACACGCCACUGAAAACAAGGUUAAAAACCUGGUUGAGGAAAUGACUUCCCAAGAUGAGAUGAUUGCUAAACUAACAAAAGAGAAGAAAGCCCUCCAAGAGGCCCACCAGCAGACCCUCGAUGACCUGCAGGCAGAGGAAGACAAAGUCAACACUCUGACGAAGGCCAAGACCAAACUGGAGCAGCAAGUCGAUGAUCUCGAAGGCUCUCUGGAACAAGAAAAGAAGCUCCGUAUGGAUCUCGAGCGAGCUAAACGAAAGCUUGAGGGAGACCUGAAGCUGGCUCAGGAGUCAUUAAUGGAUCUGGAGAAUGACAAGCAGCAGUCUGAGGAGAAGAUAAAGAAAAAAGACUUUGAGAUAAACCAGCUCCUCACCAGGAUUGAAGACGAGCAGUCUCUUGGUAUCCAGUUACAGAAAAAGAUUAAAGAACUUCAGGCUCGCAUUGAGGAGCUGGAAGAGGAAAUCGAGGCUGAGCGAGCUGCUCGGGCCAAGGUGGAGAAGCAGAGGUCGGAUCUCUCCAGGGAACUUGAGGAGAUCAGCGAGAGGCUCGAAGAAGCUGGAGGAGCCACAGCAGCUCAGAUUGAGAUGAACAAGAAGCGCGAGGCCGAGUUCCAGAAGCUGCGUCGGGAUCUGGAAGAGUCCACCCUUCAGCACGAGGCCACGGCUGCAGCUCUGCGCAAGAAGCAGGCUGACAGCGUGGCAGAGCUGGGAGAGCAGAUCGACAACCUCCAGAGAGUCAAACAAAAGCUGGAGAAGGAGAAAAGCGAGUACAAGAUGGAGAUCGAUGACCUCUCCAGCAACAUGGAGUCUAUUGCAAAAUCAAAGGGAAACUUGGAAAAGAUGUGCAGGACCUUGGAGGAUCAGCUGAGCGAGCUGAAAGCCAAGAAUGAGGAGAACGUUCGUCAGCUGAAUGACAUCAGUGCACAAAAAGCACGACUCCAGACUGAAAAUGGCGAAAUUAGCCGACAGCUGGAGGAGAAAGAAGCUCUUGUGUCUCAGCUGACCAGAGGCAAACAGGCUUACACUCAGCAGAUUGAGGAACUGAAGAGACACAUAGAGGAGGAAGUGAAGGCCAAGAACGCUCUGGCUCAUGCAGUUCAGUCGUCUCGUCAUGACUGUGACCUGCUCAGAGAGCAGUAUGAGGAGGAGCAGGAGGCCAAGGGUGAGCUUCAGCGUGCGAUGUCCAAGGCUAACAGCGAGGUGGCUCAGUGGAGAACCAAGUAUGAGACUGAUGCCAUUCAGCGCACUGAGGAGCUGGAGGAGGCCAAGAAGAAGCUGGCCCAGCGUCUUCAGGAUGCUGAGGAAUCCAUCGAGGCUGUGAAUGCUAAAUGUGCCUCACUAGAGAAGACUAAACAGAGGCUGCAGGGUGAGGUGGAGGACCUGAUGAUCGACGUGGAGAGAGCUAACGCUCUGGCUGCGAACCUCGACAAGAAGCAGAGGAACUUUGAUAAGGUUCUUGCUGAGUGGAAGCAGAAGUAUGAAGAGAGCCAGGCUGAGUUGGAGGGAGCUCAGAAGGAGGCUCGCUCUAUGAGCACAGAGCUGUUCAAAAUGAAGAACUCUUAUGAAGAAGCUCUGGACCACCUGGAGACCCUGAAGAGGGAGAACAAGAACCUGCAACAGGAGAUUUCAGAUCUGACUGAGCAGCUUGGGGAGACCGGAAAGACGAUCCAUGAGCUUGAAAAGGGAAAGAAGACAGUGGAGAGUGAGAAGUCAGAAAUCCAGACUGCUUUAGAGGAAGCAGAGGCCACACUGGAGCAUGAAGAGUCCAAGAUUCUCCGCAUCCAGCUGGAGCUUACCCAAGUUAAGAGCGAAAUUGACAGAAAGCUUGCAGAAAAGGACGAGGAGAUUGAACAAAUCAAGAGAAACAGCCAGAGGGUGAUUGAGUCCAUGCAGAGCACUCUGGAUGCUGAAGUCAGGAGUAGGAAUGACGCUUUAAGAAUUAAGAAGAAGAUGGAAGGAGACCUCAACGAGAUGGAGAUUCAGCUGAGCCACGCUAACCGACAGGCUGCUGAGGCUCAGAAACAGCUGAGGAACUUGCAGGGACAGCUUAAGGAUGCCCAACUCCAUCUUGAUGAAGCACUUAGAGGCCAGGAUGACAUGAAGGAGCAGGUUGCGAUGGUGGAGCGCAGGAACAACCUGAUGGUGGCUGAGAUCGAGGAGCUGAGAGCUGCACUCGAGCAGACGGAGAGAAGCCGCAAAGUGGCUGAACAGGAACUGCUGGAUGCCAGCGAGCGAGUGACAUUGCUGCACUCUCAGAAUACCAGUCUCAUCAACACCAAGAAGAAGCUAGAGGCGGAUUUUGUUCAGAUCCAAGGGGAGGUGGAGGAUGCUGUUCAGGAAGCAAGAAAUGCUGAGGAAAAAGCCAAGAAGGCCAUCACUGAUGCUGCUAUGAUGGCAGAAGAGCUGAAGAAGGAGCAGGACACCAGCGCUCAUUUGGAGAGAAUGAAGAAGAAUUUGGAGGUCACAGUGAAGGACCUGCAGCAUCGUCUUGAUGAAGCUGAAAACCUGGCCAUGAAGGGAGGCAAGAAGCAGCUCCAGAAGCUGGAAGCUCGGGUACGUGAGCUGGAGGCUGAGGUUGAAAGUGAGCAGCGGCGAGGAGCGGAGGCUGUCAAAGGUGUUCGCAAAUACGAGAGAAGAGUCAAGGAGCUCAGCUAUCAGACCGAGGAGGACAAGAAGAAUAUCGUCAGGCUGCAAGAUCUGGUGGACAAGCUGCAGCUAAAAGUGAAGGCCUAUAAGAGACAGUCAGAGGAGGCUGAGGAGCAGGCCAACACUCACAUGUCCAGGCUGAGGAAGGUGCAGCAUGAGUUGGAGGAAGCCCAGGAGCGUGCCGACAUCGCCGAGUCCCAGGUCAACAAGCUGAGGGCCAAGAGUCGGGAAGUCGGAAAAGCAAAGGAGUCUGAGGAAUAAGCUAAAACCUUUGUGGGAGGCCAAAUGAAAAUCAUAAAAUAUGAGUUUUCAUUGAAUUUCUCACAUCAAAAGUUGUAAAUCUACCAUUAAUAAAAGAUGCAAACCUUC